CGUCGAAUUGACGGCGACGUGAUCCCCGCAUUUCAUGUCGAGUGCGGUGUUAUUGCUGGGGGCAGUUGUCACGUUUCGAUAGAUCACAUUCACGAGAAAGUACCUCAACAAAUGGUCACGAUACAUACGAAUACCUAGACUUGUGACGGUCUGCCCAAGGUCGAAACGCCGCCGACGAUUCGAACACAUUGAUUUUCGACUUCGUAUACGCGCGUGGGCACAAUGAGUAGUGACGACGAGCUGGACAUCGCAUCUUUCCAGCGAAAUGGCACACGCAAAAGAUCUCCCCCGGCGCGAAAGAGUGCCUCAGUAUCCCCCGGCAUGUUCUUUUCGGAUGAAAGCUCAGUAACGGAGGAAGAUACAAAAAACGAGAAAAAAAAGGAUUCAAUAGAUAGGCCUAGAAAGCUUGUGGCGGUGAAGGUCACACCGGUCCGAAACCGCGAAGAGUAUACCUACUAUGAGCCAGAGGAAGAGGUCCACAGUAUUCUUAGAGAGUACAAGCGCAAAGGAGUGCUGAUGUACGAGGUGAAGCUCUUGGAUGGAAAACACCACAAGGUUACCUUUGACGAGCUUAUAUCCACCCAAGGAGGGCUUCUGGCCCUUGAAGCAUUAGCUGAACGUAAAUCGAGCGGCGACUCCUCCAACAACGACGAUAUGCGGCUCCGACAGAAGACGCAGUCAAGAGUGGGGUCAUUUGUCGACAUAACGACACUUGACCUAUCGGAAUCUGACUCUAGUUCAUAUGGAGUUCGACAGUCCAAUCGACGAGCUUCCAAGACCAGAGCGGCCAGGUCCAGCACGAAGCAAAAACAGCUAACCGAUUUCUUCGACGAUAGCUCUUCCGAGGAGAGCUCCAAAAAGCGCCGGCGAAAGCGAAAACAACCACAAGCGCCCACGCGUCGUUCAGAUCGAGGCCCUCCACGACGAAAGUAUGAGGAAGUCGAGGAAACAGGUUCAGAUGAAUCCUCAAACACACUUUCGGAUUCUGAGAGUGUGGACAUUCUUCGGUCAGACAUCUAUGGAGGAGCUCGAAAGCGAAAGCGUGGCUCUGGAGCACGCUCCACACACAAGGAGCUUCGCACGGGGACUCGUCAGUCCGAACGAUCUACACGCGCCCAGAACAACAUGCGCGAAGCUGGAAUGGGUGACAUCUAUCGGUCUGACUCUGAACCAAAACAAGCCGCCCCAAAGACCAUUAGUGUUCGGGAAGUGUUCGAGACUCUUCCACGCAGCAACCUAUUCCGGUCAAGGCACGUUGAAGGAUGCGAAGUCUGCUCUGAGGGGCCUGGUGUGGCACCAUUGAUUUACUGCCAGGGCUGUAGUCUGUCCUACCAUAAGAAUUGCAUCGGCAACCGAGCGACACGAGACCAUCUGGUGACGAAGAUUGAUGAUGAUAAUUAUGUCCUCCAAUGCAAGCGCUGCAUCAAUUUCUACCAGAAGAAGGAUCCCAUCGCCCCAGAUCUUUCCAUGUGUCAAGAUUGCAAGCGAAAGGGAGUCGCUUGCAGACCUUUCCGAGCGCGCAAGACAACACAACAAGAGCUCAAAGAACGAGAAGAGAAUGGUGGUUACGAUCCAAUCAUUGACGUUAACCCGGAACUGCUCAAUAAUGCUGCAAACGUUCUCUUUCGGUGCACGAAGUGCUCACGAGCCUACCACUAUCACCACCUCCCGCCUAUCUCAGCCUACUCAAUGGAUGUGGCUUGCGAUGACGAAGAAAAAGCGGAUGAAAGGUUUCAGGAAUACUCAAGAAAAUGGCUCUGCAAGGAGUGUGAUGACACUGCUGGCCAAAAGGUAUCUGCCAUCAUUGCGUGGCGCCCUACGGAUGUGGAAGCCUAUCGACCUGGAGUAUCCUGUGGUAUGCUGAGCGAGAAUGACAAGUCCUAUCUCAUCAAAUGGGAUGGUCAAUCAUAUUUCCGAGCCUCGUGGCAUUCUGGCGCCUGGACUUGGGGUAGCACCGCAAGUGCCAUGCGCAAGGCCUUCUACAAACGUGAGCAAGGGCCAAAGAUGAGAACAGAAGAUGCUAUUCCCGAAGAGUACCUACGCAUUGAUAUCGUCCUGGAUGUCAAGUAUACCAGCUAUGUUGAGGUUCGAAAUCAGGAGAUUGAUAAGGCUCGCAUCAAGGAGGUCGAUAAAGCUCUAAUCAAAUAUAAGGGCUUGGGAUACGAAGAUACCGUCUGGGAGAAAGUGCCAACCCCGGAGGAUGGCGACAGAUGGGUCGACUUCGUUACUGCAUACAAUGAUUGGGUUGCUGGUCGCUAUAUCAAAUACCCGAAGCAAGGUCCGCUCAAAGCACGCAUCGACAAAGCCCGUGAAACACCAUUUUCCAAGCUUGAAAAGGAGAAGCAGCCUGAAAAUGUAGUCGGAGGCGAAUUGAUGAAAUAUCAGAUUGAUGGUCUGAAUUGGAUCUACUAUCAGUGGUAUUCCCAGAAGAAUGGCAUCCUUGCAGAUGAGAUGGGCUUGGGCAAAACGAUCCAAGUGAUUUCGUUCAUGGCUGCUCUAAUUCAUGAACACAAUUGCUUCCCAUUCUUGAUCGUGGUGCCGAAUUCGACUGUGCCGAAUUGGCGCCGUGAGAUAAAGCAGUGGGUCCCUUCAUUGCGCGUCGUAGCUUAUUUUGGAUCAUCCACAGCACGGGAGAUGGCAUACAAAUACGAGCUUUAUCCGCAUGGCACGAAGGAGUUGCGUGCUCACGUCGUAGUAACCUCAUAUGAGGCUGCUUCUGAUGACAGCUCAAGAAAAAUUCUGCGAGGAAUCAAUUGGGCAGGCCUUAUCGUGGAUGAAGGACAGCGACUGAAAAAUGAUAAAAGUCAGCUCUACGGAGCGUUGACUAGCGCAAAAGCACCAUUUCGACUUCUAUUAACAGGCACACCGCUGCAAAACAACGCCCGAGAACUCUUCAAUUUGCUUCAAUUCCUUGACGAGACCAUCAAUGCCGCAGAGCUUGAGGAGAAGUACUCAGAAAUGACGUCGGAGAAUAUCCGUGAACUCCACGAUCAGAUACGGCCGUUCAUCCUGAGACGUACCAAGGUCCAGGUUCUUACGUUCCUGCCUCCUCUAGGACAGGUCAUUGUACCGCUCUCGAUGAGUCACUUACAGAAAGAAUUAUACAAGUCCAUCCUGGCCAAGAACCCAGAGCUUUUGAAAACUCUCUUUACUACUGCAAAGAGUGUCAAAGCUCAGGAACGCGCCAAUCUGAACAACCUCCUUAUGCAAUUGCGCAAAUGUCUUUGCCAUCCCUUCGUCUAUAGCCGGGAGAUUGAGGAGCGAACCGACAUUGCAGCCGUUUCACACCGCAAUCUCGUGGAAGCCUCCGCCAAACUACAAUUUCUGGAGUUGCUCCUCCCGAAAUUGAAGGAGCGUGGCCAUCGUGUCCUUAUUUUCAGUCAGUUCCUGGAUAUGCUAGACAUAAUGGAAGACUUCCUCGACGGUAUGCAGAUGGCAUAUCAGCGUUUGGACGGUUCGUUGGGCUCUUUGGAAAAGCAGAAGCGUAUAGAUCAGUUCAAUGCGCCCGACUCUCCGCUCUUCGCCUUCUUGCUGUCUACGCGCGCGGGCGGAGUAGGUAUCAACCUAGCUACAGCAGACACCGUCCUUAUCCUCGACCCUGAUUUCAACCCCCAUCAAGAUAUUCAAGCCAUUGCCAGGGCACACAGGAUUGGACAGAAAAAUAAGGUUCUAUGCUUCCAACUAAUGUCCCGAGCCAGUGCUGAAGAGAAGAUCGUACAAAUAGGCCGGAAAAAGAUGGCGCUUGACCAUGCCAUUGUGGAGCAGCUUGACGCCGAAGAUAUCGAGGUUCAAGAUGUGGAGUCCAUCCUGAAGCACGGAGCCGCAGAGUUGUUUGGAGACAGACACGAUCACGACAUCCGCUAUGAUGAAGCUUCAAUUGACAAACUGCUCGACCGGAGUCAGAUCGAGAACACGAAAACAAGUGCCGAUAAUUCUGCAGAGUCUCAGUUUAGCUUUGCCCGUGUAUGGGCUAACAACGAGGGCGCCUUGGAGGAUUCUAUUGAUAUCGCAGAAGAGGAAGUCGCACCUGAUCCGGGAGUAUGGGACAAGAUUCUCAAGGAACGUCAAGCAGCUGCAGCUGCGGAGGCACUCUUACGUGCGGAUGCUCUGGGGAAGGGAAAGCGAGCCCGCAUGACGGUGAACUACAAGUCCGAGAACGACGCCGUCCCUGACGCACUCGAUUCAUCCAAUGAGAACGACGAGCCAAAGAAGAAGAGCAGCAAGAGGAAGGCUAAGAAGCCUAGAGACUCCGGAAGUGAUACAGAUUAUCAGGAUUAUUCCGAGGAGGAAAGCGAAGAUGAGGCCUUGAACCAAGCAGGUCUUGAUACAGAAGAUACCGGUAUCGCCAAAGCGCAGCCCGGUAACAAGCCAAGUAUGACCUCAAUGACAGCUACUUUCUCAGCCGCUCCUCCGAAGGCUCCUCAUGGACCGACUUCCAUUGCCGCCAACCCUCAGCAGAUCAAACCCAAUACUCCCAUGCAACGGCAAGGCAUACCAUCCCAAAAGGCGAAGGCCCACAAUCCUGCUGUCAAGCCCUUCGUUCGUGCCCAGCUACCACUCCGCGCCCCACUCGACCCGACAUAUGAUGCUUAUCGUAAUCAAUUAUGCUUUGCUUGCCAGCAUCAGCACCCCCAAGGCGCGUGUCCUCUGAAGAUCGCGGGCGCCGAGCAUUGCGGCCUCUGUGGCCUCGCUCAUUUCGGGCAGGGCCGCACUUGCCCGCAUAUCAGAUCCGAGACGCAAGUUCGCGACAUGCUCGAAGCGCUCAAGAACUCGCCGGAGAACAAGAAUCUUGUUGACGCAGCUGUCAGAUACCUCCGUGGCGUCAAAGGCACGUUGGUCCAAGGGAAGAAAAAGGAAAGGGAGAAGGUAGCUGCCCGAGGCCAACAGGGGGCUCCUACCAACAUCAACAGCAAUAAUCCACUAAAGCCACCACCUGUAUUUCAAAGCAACGGACCGCCUGCCUUUCAGACCGGACAAUUCCACGCGAACCCAGGAAUCCAGUUUCACCCCGAUCCUCGACAGUUCCUUUAUGACCCUUCCAGACAGAACACUGGACCCCCUCCCGCUGCUCCUAGCCAUGUAGGGAGUUAUACUCAGGGACAGAGGAUCCAGCUGACCCAUCCUCAACCCAGCGACUCGUUUAACGAGACGGACGUUGAAAAUGCUUUGCUUGGUUUCCUGGGGACUUGAGUGGACUGCAUUCCCUCUUCCACACCCGCAAAGGUCGAUUGACGUCAGUCUUGAGACUAAAUCGAGAGCUUUUAGAAGUAUUACAAUAUCCCAGCUUGCGAAUUUCCUUUUUCAUGCAUUCUAUCAUACCCCAGUUCAUUAUUAACAGGCAUUCUUUGGC